GUGCCUCCUGCGCCUAUCGUCGCGGCGCACCCACCGGCGCACCGGUUCCCCUUUCAGCCGAUCCCGCUCAGAUCAGGGCGGGGCGCGGCGUACGCGUGUUCCGAGGGCGAAGGUAACGCACCCAAGUCAUGCUGCGGCCGGCCGCCGCUGAGAUUAUGCGUGCUCUUCCUCGGCGUAGUGGGAGCCUGCCUGGUGGCCGCGGGCGCAGUCCUCGGCGCUCUAAGGCCACAUCCUAGAGCACCUCUCACAUUACUGCUUCUAAUGAUAGGUAUAGGCGUAGUGCUGGUGACGGCGGCGGGGCUGGCGUGGCGGCUGGGCGCAAGGGACGCGCCGUGUGCAUUGCUGGGGCUGCGGCGCGCGUCAUGUCGGCGAUUCGUACCGCGCCUACCUCCCAGCUACGCGCGACCACACCACCCGUACGCGGCCAUGCUCUACCCGGAGUUCCACUACAGGCCGCCCCCACCCACCUACCAAGCUUCAAUGCAGGAGUAUAGACUCAGGUUACUUCUCCUCGAUAGAAGUGCGCCAGCGGUGUCGCCGCCACCCACAUACAGAUCAAACUCAGCCAGUCUAGUCAGAGGAACCACAGGUGCGACGUGGUGCGGCUCGGAGUACAGUGGGCCCCCGUCAUACAGAGCACCGCGAGUGGAGCCCCCGCCUGCCGUCACCGACGUGCCUUCCCCUAUCGAACUCAAGUACUCGGAAGACGCCAUUGAAUCCCCUCUACCAGAACAGAAGGACCCUGACGAGCAUCUCGUCACCAUAGUGCACACUGAAGCCCAACCCGUCAUAGUAACAGUGUCAGGAUCACCGGCGCUCAACGAAACUCACAUCACACACACCUCUGAAAUCGAUAUAUUAGCCCAUUUAUAACGAAACAUCGAUUAAUCUAUGUUUUUAAAAAAAGCUUUACGAGAUUUUAAAUCCGAAAUAUGAAUUAUCUAUAAUGCAGUCGACUAAUUGAAACUGAAAUGUAAUAAUGUAGUUCAAUAUUAAAA